AUGAGCGUAAAUGCCGAAGCAUAUGGAGAUGGUGAGAUGUUUUAUCAAAUCAAACAAGGUAAAAUAUUAUUGAAGCUGAAUGUGACAUCUACACUGCUCGUAUUGACUCAUGUGGAAUACUACCACGAGUCAUUAAAACACUGCACGGAUAAGAAACCGGCUCGCGAUCACGCAUUCACAUGCAUGCACAUGGUGUUUUCAGCGUGAUGAUGGCGUCUCAACUUUGUUGAAAAUGACGACCUUAUACCAAAUCCAAAAGAAUUCCACCUUUAGUAUAAUAAUACUACAACUGCAUGCCAUUCUUGGAUGGAAUAUCUAAAUAUUAUUGGUCAUUUUCGAGGACCAUAUCAAAUUGGACGUCAAUUAUUUUCAAUUAUAUGAACUAUAGUUUUUGUGACGCUAAUGUCUUGAUUACGAAAGUAAAAAACCUAAAACAAAGACGAACAAUAUUUAUCUCGAAUACUUUGCUGUGGCACAGAAAGGUUUAAGAGACAAUGAAACCAUUUCGAAUCUCAAUAUAGCUACUUUUAGGAAGAUAGAAGAAAAACACAGUAAGACUUUACUAUAUUCUUCGCAUUCGUGCGUGACAUCAUGCACGAAUCCCAAAUAGGUCACUCGUCUGGUAACGUCAUGCAACUUCAUAUCAAUUUUUUAGAACCAUAUCCAUGGUUUUACAAUGGCAAUGCAUUGAUUCGCUUCUGUUCUAUUCUAAUAUUAAUGUUAUUAUUACGACUAACUAGUAUGAAUUUAAGAUGAAUUUGAGGAUUUUGUAUUUCAGCAACGCAUUUUUUUUUUAAAAAGAAUUUACUGAAUACCUAUAACAUUCAGGACCUCAAACGCACAGUCAUAUAUAGCCCAAACGAAAGUAUAUACAUUUUUGAGCAUUUUACUGUUUGUUUCACGUCCUCUAACAGUAUCAACAUUUUUCAGGUAUUCGAUCCCAGCGAGAAGCCUUCAAAAGCCUAAGAGUGAAGACAUCAUUGGAUUGCGUCUUGUUUUGCUUCAGGGAAGAAACUUGUAACUCAUUCAAUUAUGCUGCACCUACUUCGGUCAGCGAUGGUGAAGAAAAUUGUGAAUUACAUAUUGAAACCAAGAAUGAUGAUGGAAAUUCAUUAGAGUUCCUGAAAGAUGAUAGAUACACCUUUUAUCAUAUACCUGGAAUAUCAGAUGAACAGGUAUCAAUCUUGCUUUUUCAAAAAUCACAUUUCAGUCUCGUGCUUGGAAAAAGUCUCUUUCCUUGUCCAGAUUCUUGGCACUUCUGUAACCAACGUUUCGUCUCAGUAGCAAGAGAAAAUAGGGCUUCCGUAUAAUUAAGGAGCUCUGCAGGAUAACAAAAAAAAUCCGAACCCAUCAAAUUAAUUACGUAUUCAUUAGGAAUCGAACUUGCAGUCCCGCGAUUACGGUGCAGCGUUCUAACCAACUGAGCUACAGAGUACUUCAAUGUUCAAUCCUGAUAUUUACCCAUAUACCUUACCAUGGAAUCACCUUAUCCCCCAGCCGACGGCGCGAAGCGCCGUGCGAGGGUACUAAUUCCCCCAGGCUAUUUACACCUCAUGGGGAAACGAAAGCAUUAGCGAAGUCUAAAGUUUAUCAAUUAUCGCGGGCGUGGGUGACCAACGAUGUUGGAGUGUUGGGUGGGUGGUCAUCCUCACUGAUCUCAAAAAUAUGACGGACUGUCGUGAAUAGCGGACACUGAUUGGUCCAAUUUAAAGUUUGCAUGAUAACGACUGCAUGACGACAGCGAAAUAGCAAACAUUUCUUGAUUUGAUGAUUGAUAAAUUUCUUGCAAAUAUAUUUCAUUUUUGCUCGCAUUUUUGCAAGAUUUUGUAAAUUUUAAAAGCUCUCUCAGAAAGAAACUGCAAAAGAAUCGGCUAAAAGAAGGGAGCCGACGUUUACGAAGGUAAGGAUUUUAUAAUGGCUUUAAAACCCGACGGCCUUUGCGUAUAUGAAACAACUAAACAAGACAGCAUAUAAUUUCAGUGUAUCUUUAAUAUUGAUUCCCUUUUUUAUAAUAUUGAAUUUUUUAAAUAAAAAAGAAAGCAAAGUUAUUUGCAAGCGAGAAUUUGAAAUCAUUUUAUUGCAAACUCAAAGUUUAUCGAUAAAGCCAUUUUAAAAGGCAGUUUAGUUUUAUAAAGAACACUAGUGACUUUAAAACGUUUUGCGAAGCGUUUGUGGUUGAAUUUUACCUUAAAUCGAGGCUUAAUUACGUAUACUAAUAACAUACCUAACAUAUAUGUUGGCAAAUUAAUAAUUUUGCAAUUAAAAGUGAUAUUUUUAGGCGAUUUUUCAUUUGUAAGAAUAUUCUUAAAAAAUUAUCGUGUUACCAUGACAACUACUUUAGAUACUUCAUAUUCGGAAAAUCACAAUGGUUUUGUCAGCAAGGCGAGGGUUUCUGCAUGCAUGUAUUUUCUAGUAGUAUAUAUACAUGUACUUGUUCGUGCGGUUAGAGCUCGACAACUGGGGCCGGUUGUAUCAAAGGCGUUUAACUUAAACGGUGUUUAGCCGCUAUCCAGCGUAUAAAUUUCUUAUCCAGCGGAUAGUUAAACGGCCGAUAAAAUUGCGUUGUAUGAAGCCCGUUUAGUACCGCGUUUAACUAUCCGUAGGAUAACCUUUAAUUUAACUGGAGAAAACCGGAUUUUCUUGAAAUUUCUUACCUCUACGUCAGCUGUUGCUAGGCCAUUGAAUUCCACUAAGCUUUUGCAAUAAAGUUUGUUGUUGUUUUUAUUUGGAGUUUGCUCGUCCAUUCGUUGCUGCAAAUCUAUAUCAAACUUUUCAUUUUCACAUUGUACUGAGUUUCUCAUUCACUUAAAUUCACUUACGGAUAUUUCUUUAAAGAUUUUUGGCUUCUUUAUGCGAAGAGUCGAAGGCAAUAGCAAAAACUGUGAGUUGUAUUUGGCUUUUGUCAGUUGAUUCAGGUUUAUACUGUUUGAAAUUUGUUCCUCGACCUUGCACUUUUGUACAAAACAAUUUUAAGAACAUUUUGAACCACGUUUUGAUUGGCUGAUCAAAGCGAUUAACGCGAGCGAACAAUUUUUUUUCGACUUUCGGCGUCUUGUUGUCUAUUUUGUAUGCUUGUUGGCUUUACAAAGUCAUUGUUUGUUUUACAAUAGCUAAAAUUGCGAGUCUUACUGCUUGUUUUCAAACUAUAUAAUAGAAGAAAAGAAGAAGAAAAAGCCAGAGUAUAUAUACUUAACAUCUAAACAUGACACUGGUGUGCGUAUUAAAAUAUAGCAAAGCCACGGAAUUACAAGUGAGCAAGAGACCUCAGUGUACCUCAAGACCAAGCCAGUUAAAAGUGAGUUUUUCAUGUUUAUUGGAUUUAAAAAGAUAACUCCUCUACAUGAUUGUGCAUUUUUAUAACUAUCCCAUGCUUUUUCAUCCGAAAUAAUCAUUGUUUUAUCUUCAAACUCCGAGUUUAUCCGCCGUAUAGCGAUUUAAACGGUCUCAAGAGACCGUACAAGUUUACACGGUGGAUAGGCAAAAUUUAACCGGUGGAUAGCCCUAAACGGGCUUGAUACAACGCGAUUUCUCGAGCGUUUAAAUUUUAUCCGGCGGAUAGCGAGUUAAACGGUGGAUAGCGAGUUAAACGCCUUUGAUACAACCGGCCCCUGUACUCUGCAUGUAGCUCAGUUGGUUAGAGUGCUGGACCGGAAUUGCAGAGCCACUGGUUCAAUUCCUGUCAGAGGGCCUAUAGUUGCAUUUGUCGCAGCUGCUCCUGGUUAGACCUAAAUAAAUGUAUAAAAUUUACACUUGAAAUUUCCAUCACAAAACGCAAGUUGAAUCGAGUGAGAUGCAAAAAAUGUCCUGAUAAAUAUAAGCAGACCUGGAAAAAGGAUCCAGGAUCCCGAGAUCCCACUCUUUUCCAGGUCUGAAUAUAUAUAAGUUGGUUUACAAAAGUUUUUAAAUGUAAUUCAUCUUUCUUUUAAAGAAAGUUGACCUUGGGAUGGAUGUAUGAGAUGGGUCAGCCAUACAUACCUCAAUUUUUUUGCACCUGUUAAACAUCGACUAUAGAUCAUAGUUAGUAGAAACUUAACGCAUGGAAACACAAUGGGUCGCAUUACCUGUUUUUGUAUUGGUUAUGCAAAAAAUAGUUUGUUCAUCGUCACAUGCGCAGUUUUUUUUCGCAAAACCAACCAAUAGUAUUGUUUUCAAUUAACCAUUGUGUAAUAGCACGGAUGGGUAUAAAUAAACCAAAACAUUGCCAUGGGUUAGUUGGGCGAAAAUACAACAGACAAACACAUAUAUAAUGAGACAUAUUGUGUCUCCAUCGAGUCACCUAUUACCUUCUUAAGUGUAUUCUAUUGGCUAUAUAUUUGGGUAUUAUAUACGGCAUAUUAAGAGAAGUUCUCUUAAGGAGGCUCGAUAUAGUUAUCUCAAAAAUCGCGAACAAAACCGGGUGACCAUUUUUACGCGCAAGUCGCGAAAACUGAUUAACAAAAUGAAAGAACUUCCAGAAUGACCUGACGUGAGCAGUUGCUCGCGUCAUAUCACGCCAUCGCGCGUGUUCUAUAGCGUUUAUGUCAAUUGCUGACGUCAUUACAAUUUUCCAUUUUAGAAAAACAAUGCGCUAUAUCUCUCUAUUUUGUCUGUUAACCUAUGUUCAAAUUUUGCGUGCUGUAUUGCACUGCUGAAAACUUUCAUUGUACAAAAAAUUUAAAAAAAUCUGUAAUGCCAAAAACAUUUUAUCGAAGAGUACAACAUUUUCGCAUUUUUCAAAAAAUGGCAUUACAAAAUUUUUUUUACUUCGCUAAUUGUUAGCUUUUUGUCCAAGUCAUGCUUCUUUUCCAACUGUACGAGACGAUAAGCCAUUUUGGAGUAAUUUCGUACACAUAUGUCGUCAUAGCAACGAACUAUCUCUAUAAUUUGAAAGUAGAGAUAUCAAAAUAUAUAACAACCCCAAUAUCUACUGAAUAAAUCCUAAAAAUGUGUAGUUCAAACAUGUCAAAGUGUUGAACACCUGAAGUUUUGAAAACUGGAUCGAGCCACCUUAACCAAUAGAGCUCCUCAGCUUCGUAUGGAAAUUCCCAUUUCAGAUCAUGUGAUGUUUACCUUAUUAAUUUUUAACAUAUUUUUUGUCUCUAUGCACCUUUUCAUUCAUAUCCAAAAAUUAAAAUGCAUAAAGACAAAAAGCAAUUAAGUCUAUUCGGUCAAAAUCGCUAAACACUUGGCGAGGCAUGAAAAUUCUUGAUGUUCCAAAUUGUUUUAGGCAGUCACACCUUCCUUAAACAAAAGUUGUCUUGACCAUUUCAACCAUGGUAGUAAAACAUCGGGUGAAUACACCAUCCUUGAUUGGCAACAAAAACCGCGCACAGUGUAUUGUGAUAUGGAGUCUGAACCCGGAUCUGUUUGGACUCUCAUCAUGUCCUUCACGAUAGCAAAUAAUGCUUUGGCACCUCACAAAGCGAUGUAUGAAAAUGCACCGGCAAACGAAUAUACUCCAAAUUGGUCCAACUAUCGAAUGAGCCUGAAUCAAUUGACCGACCUGAGGAACAAGACUUCUCACUGGCGAGCUACAUGCAGUUUUCAAGAAUAUGGAGACGACAUCCACACUGAUUAUGUCCGAGCUGUGUUCACAGAUUUUGACCUGAUGGGUGAAUUUUGGGGUGCAUGCAAGAAGGCCAGUUAUAUUAGUGUCAUGGGACGGAAUUGCUCAGAAUGUACCUCGCUCUGGUCGCAGGGUAAAGGCUAUUCCCCACAUACCGAUGUUGCCUGUGAUCUACAGGUAUAUAAAUGCUGCUAUUUUGGUUACUUUGGGAAUAACGUUGAUAAUUUUCGUUGCACAGACAAAAGCAACUCAACAACAAAUUAUUGGUUUGGAUCGUAUGUGUGAUAUGUGA